UUUUCGAUCUCGUCUCAGACGUUUUUUUAUUUUUGUGCAAACUUAUAAAAAGUUGUUAAAUACUUAGGCCACGUAAUAGUUUGUUAAGUACGAGUUCAUAACUAUAUAAAACUCUACAUUUCUUGCAUUUGUUCAUUCAAGGAUUAAGAGAUUUUAUAAGGAAUUUUGUAGACUAUUUAAUUUUGCACCACGUCAGAGUUCUGAAAAGCAGACCUUUGAAAUCAUGAAGAUAGUGAUGAAAGUCACUUUUAUUCCAGUUCUGUUAUUUAUUACGGUAUUCAUACGUCAUGCAUCAGGAGCUGCGGUUAUGUCUGUCGAUCUUGGAACUGAAUGGAUGAAGGUUGGAAUUGUUUCGCCGGGCUUACCUAUGGAGAUGGCAUUAAAUAAAGAAUCCAAAAGAAAAACUCCGUCAGUGAUUGCAUUUCGUGAGAAAUCGAGAUUUUUCGGUGAAGAAGCUGUAACGUUGGCAGGAAGAUUUCCAGCAAGCAGUUACGCUUAUCUUAUCGAUUUAUUAGGAAAAGAUGUGAAUAAUCCUAUCGUUGCCUUGUACAAAAAACGUUUUCCUUACUACAAUAUUGAAGCUGACCCAGAAAGAAAUACUGUGACGUUUAAGAAUGGUGAUGAAAUGUAUACAGUCGAGGAACUUGUUGCUCAGCUUUUGCAGCGUGCUCAAGAAUUCGCUCAAGAUGCCACAGGUCAAGCCAUUCAAGAAUGUGUUUUAAUAGUGCCAGGAUUCUUUGGCCAAGCUGAACGAUUAGCAUUGCUGUCAGCAGCACGAUUAGCUAACUUAAAAGUUCUUCAACUCAUGAAUGAUUAUACAGCAGUAGCAUUAAAUUAUGGAAUAUUCCAAAGGAAAAGUUUUAAUGAUUCGGCUCAAUAUUACAUGUUCUACGAUAUGGGUGCAAGUAAAACAACCGUUUCAAUCGUCAGCUAUCAACUUGUCAAAGACAAAGUAUUGAAAGAGAAACUUCCUGUUGUUCAAGUGAUUGGUGUGGGCUAUGAUCGAACACUUGGUGGCAUGGAAAUGCAAUUAAGACUUCGAGAUUAUCUUGCCGAUGCUUUCAAUGCAAUGAAAAAGACAACACAAAAUGUUUAUGACAGCCCAAGAGCUCUUGCGAAACUUUUCAAAGAAGCCGGUCGUGUGAAGAAUGUUUUGAGUGCCAAUGCUGAUCAUUAUGCACAAAUUGAAGGACUUCUCGAUGAACAAGAUUUCAAAUUUUUAGUCAAACGUGAAAAGUUUGAAGAACUUUGUAAUGACUUGUUCAAUCGUGUUGCGGCACCUGUUAAGAAAGCUGUUGAAGCUGCUGGAAUUUCACUUGACAUCUUAAACCAAGUGAUUUUGUUUGGUGGAGCAACAAGAACGCCCAAAAUUCAAGAAAUUCUAAAGAAAGAAAUAAAAAUGGAACUGGGAAAAAAUUUAAAUGCUGAUGAAGCGGCUUGUAUGGGUGCAGUUUAUCGUGCUGCUGAUUUAGCGACAGGAUUUAAAGUGAAGAAGUUCAUAAUUAAAGAUGCUGUUUUGUUCCCAAUUCAAGUUGUGUUUGAACGCGAGGAUGGUGGAAAGAAGCCAGUCGUGAGAACAUUGUUCGGGCCAAUGAACACUUAUCCACAAAAGAAAGUCAUAACUUUCAAUAAACAUAAACAAGAUUUCGAUUUUUCUGUUAAUUAUGCUGACCUUGAUCAUUUGCCAACUGGUGAAGUCGCUAAUAUUGGUCCACUUAACAUCACCAAAGUUCAGUUGAAAAAUGUUGGAAAAGUUAUGGAAGAGAAAAUUAAGGAAGGUGUCGAAUCCAAAGGAAUUAAAGCACAUUUCUCUCUCGAUGAUUCUGGUGUGUUUUCAUUAGUGAAUGUUGAGUUAUCAUUUUUAGAGAAACAAGCUGAAGGUGAAGAAGAAGAAGAAGGAACAUUAAGUAAAUUAGGGUCGACUAUAAGUAAACUUUUCAGUGGUGACAAAGAUGAUAAUAAAGUUGAAACAGCGCCAACAAAUGAAACUGAAACUGAACAAGAAGCAACAGAAGCACCAACGACAUCACCACCGCCCACAAACAAUGACACCGAAGUUCCAACAACAAAUGAAACUGCAAGUGAUUCUACAACAAAGAACGAGACAACUUCAACAACCGAAAAUGAUGAAGAAAAACCAAAAGUCAUUGCACGGAAAGAACCGAUUGAAUCUUCAUCUGAAUUGUUGGUAAAAUUGCCACUUGAUGGUAAUCAAUACAAGGAAUCAAAAGCAAGAAUUGAUGAAUUUGCGAAAUUUGAACGUGAAAAGUUACGACGAGAAUCAGCAGUUAAUUCAUUGGAGUCGCAUGUAAUUGAGGCCCAAAUGAGAUUGGAGCAGGAGGAAUAUUCAAGUUGUGCAACAGAAAAGGAACUUGAAGAGAUAAGAAGCAUGUGCAGUGUAAUCAGUGAAUGGCUUUAUGAAGAUGGCAUUGAUGCUGACGUUGAUAUUUACGAUGAGAAACUUGAGAAGCUUAGAAAGAAAACAAAUGAAAUCUAUGCGAGACAUUGGGAACAUAACGAACGUCCUGAAGCUUUAAAAGCUCUUCAUGGAAUGAUUAAUGGUUCUGAACACUUCUUAGCAUCUGCUCGAAACAUCACAGCUGAUCCUGACAAGGGUGACGUGUUUAGCGAGAAGGAAGUUGAAGAUUUAGCAAAAGCUAUUAAAGAGGUGAUUGAAUGGAGAGAUAAGGAAGUUGCAGCUCAAGAUAAAUUACCGAGAAAUGAACCAGUUCGUUUAACCGUGAAGCAUUUAACAGAUAAAAUGGCUUUCCUCGAUCGCGAAGUGAAAUAUCUAGUUAAUAAAAUUAAAGCAUGGCGACCGAAAGAGAAACCAAAAAAGAAGAAGAAGUCAAGUAAUGAAACGACAUCACAAGAAUCAUCUGAAACUAUAGAAAAUGUCGAAGAGAAUCAACAGGAAACUCCACCAGCAAAUAAAGAAGAGAAUAAAAAGGAAGACGUAGAAAAAGUUGAAGAAGUUCCAAUAAACAAAUAUGGAUCACAGUCGAAAGCAUCAAUACAGUUUCUUGGAAAUGAGGGAUUUCUAUCAUUUCCAUCGGUUGGCAACAAUGGCAGCAGCAAUCAGGCAAUGGAGCAAAAAUUCAGCUUUUCCCUCACAGAAGAGGAGAAGCAGGGAUCAUUUGAAUGUCUUCAACAAACUCAUGGACAGAUGAAUGUUAUGGGUGGCAUUCAAUAUCGUAUGCGUGUUCAAGCACAGGAAGAUGUUUACGAGAACACACGACGAAGUAUGGCGCAGGCAGCUCAAAAUCAAAAGAAGAAAUGUACACGUGAAAUAAAACCAAAUCAAACGGACAUUGGACGAAAGAUCACGAAAAAACCUUCAACCAUCAUAUCACCACUCAAUCGUAUUGCAACCAGUGGCCAAACGUCAUCGACACCAAAUAACUUCUUAUCGAAUGGCAAACGUCCUUUGGAUGUAUCGGAACGUGGACCAAUUUCAAAUGAUGGUCAACCACAACAGCAACAACAACAACAACAGCAGCAAACACAAUCACAUCUCACAUCUCAACAGCAAAUUUCAGCAACCAGUAGUCAUAGUUACAACACGAUAAGCUCACAAGAUCAUCAUGAUUCUUAUCAUUCAGCACUCAAUGGUGUUGUUGGUGAUGACGUUGAUCAUCAACGAACGACAUCAAGUAUGGGACAUAACUUAAGUCGUAAUAGUGGACAGCAAAAUCAUCGGAAUCCUGAUAUUAUGAGGAAGCCAAUUAAGGAAAGACUUAUACACUUAUUAGCAUUAAGGCCAUUUAAGAAACUAGAAUUGUAUGAUAGGCUAACUAAAGAGGGUAUUAAGGACCGCGACAGAUCUGUCAUUCUCAAUGUAUUAAAAACAAUUUCGCACACACGUGAUAAUGCCUACGUACUGAACCGACACAUAUGGAAUGAUGUUCAUGAAGACUGGCCAUUCUACAGUGAACAGGAUCGAUCGACGUUAAAGCGACGUAAACCACAAAACCUUACACCGCCAUUGUCAAGCGACGGAGGCUCAUCAUCCACAUCUGGUCAAAGUCCAAAUAGUCAACAUAAUGGUUCACCACCACCAGCUGUUAAACGUCCAUCAUCACAAGCUCCAUCGAGUCUGAACAACAACAUGAAUAACAGCAACUUGAUCAACGAUAAAUAUCUCGAACCGGCAGCAAAGAAGCAACGUAUCAGUCACUAUAAGAAGCAAGAUGCUAUGGAUGGCAUAAGAUCAUCGAAUAUUUACGAAAGUCGCGAUGGAAAUUCAUUUAUGAAUUCGAGGUCACGAGACAAUGACGAUUAUUAUGGUGAAUAUCCACCCAUAACAUCGGUAGAACAACGUCGUAAAUAUAAGACUGAAUUUUACAAAGAUUACGCCGAAUAUCGACAACUGCACCUCAUCAUGGACAAGGCACGUCGUCGAUUUGCCAAUUUGCAGCAAGAGCUCAGUAAUACAAGUCCAUCAGAGCGGAAGUAUAAGGAGAUUCAAAAUCAAAUAAUUCAAGAAUACAAAGAGAACAACAAUAGCAGUUUCUUUCAAGAUAAGAAGCAGAGGUUCGAUUACCUCCAUGAAAAGCUUUCACAUAUUAAGAAGCUUGUAAGUGAUUUUGAUUCGCGUUUAACGAAAGGUAAUGUGACGCAUGGUGACAUACAACCGACGCACAAUGCCUACUGACGACUGUUGCUGCUGAAUAUGAUGCUGUUGCUCGUUUAAAUGCGAGCUAAUGAAGAGACGAAGGCUCUCUCUUCCUUAAUUGUCGCUUAACCCUCUCUGGCUGUCUCCUUCUGGCGGAAAAAAAAGAUAAACAACUUUAUUAUUCUGAUGAUGAUGAUGAUUUUAAACGGAUUAUUGAAUUGAAAUUCAAUAUCAACAAUCACCUGAUAAUUGAUUGAUUGAUUGAUUGAUUGAUUAAUCUUCGUUCUUCUUUUAUAAGUUUUUUAAGACUUCUUAAUCCAUUCGAGAAAAAAAAAGAAAAGAAAAGAAAUGGAGAAAGAAAUCGUAAAAUUCUUCACAUCUUUUCAUUUCAUUCACAAUCAUUUUGAAUUAAAAAGAAAUGAAAAAGAAUUCUUCUUCAUUAUUAUUUACUAUAAAUUAUAAAUUAAUUAUAUAUUCUCGUUGAAUGAAAAGAUUGAAGAAUUUUCACUUUUUUCUUCUUUUAAUUUUUUUUUAACUUUUUGUUUUAAAUGAUCAUAUUUUUAGAAAUAAUUUUUCUUCUCGCCAAACAUUUCGCGGAAAGAAGAAAAACAAAAGAAAGAAAAAGAAAAUUGAAAUUUACACAAAAAAGAAAAAGAAUCGAAAGGAAAAGGAAAAGAGCCAAAAGAAAGGCUCAUGUGUGAAGAAAGAUAUGUGAAAAAAAAAGAAAGAAAGAAAUGAAAAAUCGAGUGAUGGAUUCGUGGUUCGUGAUGAUAGAUCCGCUUUUUUAUUAUAAUAAAUAUUCUAAAGUUGUGACACGUUGACAAGAGAAAACAAAAGAAACAAACAAAUUCCAUGUAGUGAAACGUAAUCGAAAACAUGCCAAAAGAUGUGCUGAUGAUGGACUGUUAAAUAGAGAACUGAAAAAAGAAAAAAACAUGAAAGAAUGAAAACAGAGAUGAAAUAUUUAUACGAUGAAAAAAAAUUAAAUGUGUGUGUUGGUGACAUUGAAAUUUGAAAGACAUUUUGAUGUUUCUUUUUUAUCAGAAAAUAGUGAGAGACAAGAAACUCUGAAACCAUCCAUGAAUCCAUUCAAAAAAACAUUUUUUUUCUGUCUCAUUGAUUCAUAGAAUCGGAAUGCCUUCCUUAAUAUAAUGUAAAACGAAAAUUUCUAUUAAAACAUUUUAAUGUGAAUUGUCGAGUGAAAAGCUUCCGGAUCAAAUUUGUUAGUAAUUUUUUUAAUUAGAUAUUUCUCGUCAAUUUUCGUUUUUAUUUUAAUUUUACUUCAACUGUCUUCCUUUCCUAUCUUUAAGCAAUAUUAAAGAUGUCUGUCGUUUUGUUGUGUUUAAUUCAAUAAUCAAAAUGAUCCGAAGCUGAAAAUUCUGUUCCAAAAAAUUAAUUAUUUGAUCAAUUAAAUAUUUAUUAAUGAUUAUGGUGAUGGAACGUCCCGAAGUCGCUCGAAUUACAUAAGAAGAAAUGAGAAAUAAAAUAUAAUUAAAUUUCAAUUUCAACGCCCAAUACAAUCAAUUGUAAAUCGAAAACACGAAAGUGAAAGUAACUUUUUUCUUUCCUUGAAACUUCGUCACGUUUCUGCAAUUUUUUUAAGCACUUAUUUAGUGCAAAAACUCAAAAUUAAAAUCAAAGUCACUUCUUUUUUUCUGAUUGAGUUUUUUGACCAGAAACAAAUUAAUUCCGGCCAAUUGAUGAAUAAUCAAAACGUGCAUUACUUUAAACACGAUUCCAUCUAUUGUCGAGCGACUUCAUAAACGUUCGUUCGGGUCCAUUAAAGAAAAAAAUUACUACUAGCUUAAAGCAUGAACAAGGCCAUUCACAAACAUUUUCAAAAAUCGUUCAUGUUUUAAAUUUACUCUUGCUAAUGAUAAUGUUUUGUCUCACGAUGGCGGCCACAAAUAAAUAAACACAAAGAUAAUUAAAAUGUCCGAUGAUAUGCAAGCAGAAAAAUGAAAAAGAAAUCUCAAUGUUGAUUACAAAACAUUCACGGUACUCAACCCCUAAGACAUUAAAUAAUUGCAUUUGCAGCUCAUUUUUAUGUGUUCAGUUCACUUGAUAAUUGCCCAACAAAAAGAAAAAACAAGAUUUGAUUACUUGAUUGCAAAGUGGUCCGCAAAUCGUGAGAAAAAUUCCCGUAACCUUGAAAAGAGAAAAAAGAGGAACAUUCAAUUUAAAUUAACUUAAUUUCAGACAUAAACUAAAGUUACCAUCCAAAUUAAGUAAUUCAAUUUUUGAAAUUAUACAAAAUGAAUGCAACAAGAAACGUUGUCAAUUUCAUGUCCAUUUAAUGUAAAAUUGGUAAAUAAUUUUUCUUCGUCUUCUUUUUAUAUAGUAUAAUUAAAUUAUUAAAUGUCGGUAGCUGAUGAACAGAAAAAAAGCUGAAGCCUUUGAAAACAAAAGCCAAUUUUACUCAUAGAAUGCAAAAAUAAAACAUUAAACUUUAAUCAGCACGUGUCAGCAGUAAUUUGACGAAGUAAAUAAGCGCCCGAGUUCUUUCUUAUUCAUCAUACUUAAAACUUUUUCUCUUAUAAUAAUAACUUAAAAAGGCGCCAAUCAAAAUAAAAUUCUACUGAAUCAAACAUUUUUCGUGCAUAAAUAAUUAAAAUUUGAUAUUGUAAAGAAAACAAAUGCUUAUGUUUGAAACACUCAUCAACUUUACAACUCUUAACUUCCUUUACCUUCCUAAAUAAUUUCUUAUUUUUAUCGUUGUGAUAUUUAAGCAUUGAUUCUCUUAUCUUGCAUUAAAAGUAGAGAAACAAAACAACUUCAAAAUCUCUCUUGAUUGAUGGUGUUCCAAGUAACAGGGAAAAGAAACCUCGCCGUGCCAUCAGUUGAAGAAAAAAACUUUUUUAAAAGCUCCAUUAACUGUGUCAAAGUCACGUAUCUUCUUAUUUACUUAGGUACUCUGUUAAAAUGAAUUUAAAAAAUUCAGUUUUUUAUGCCAAACUUUUCUCCCCCUCACACUGAAAAAAAGACAAAAACAAUGCUCGACAUUGAUAGCACGAACUGAAAUGAUGAUGAAUUUGAUUCAGAAGCACGUUAAACUUUUUCUUCAAUUUAAAUAUCUACUGAUUUUGAUCGAAAAUGGGUUAAACAAAUCUCGAUGAAAUUGCAUUAAACGGACAAAUUUUAGACGAUUGUUGUACUUGCCAAAAUGUGGAUACGAAGACGAGAGUCUAAUAAUUAUUAAUUUAGUCAAAAAAAGGACAUUAUUGAAGCCUUUGAAUACUGUUUUUUAAAUGAACAUUUCCAGCACGCUCGUCAUUGCAUCCAAAUAUGAAGUUAUUUUUUUUUGUAAAUUUGUUAUCUUUCUUGAUUUUUUUGUUUGUUAAAAAUGGAAUUCGAGAUUGGAGUGAAACAAAAAUCCAACAAUUAUUGCCUUUAUACGCAAAAUGUUAGACAAAGCAGAUAUUAAUCAACACACUAAUAGAUUAGGCGUGUAAUGGUUUUAAAUGGUUCAAAAAGGAUAAUGGUUGAAGAUUUUGUCACGUUACUUACAUCUAACGUUUCUUACGUAGUUUCACUUACGUUUGUCACUACGCAAGUUUAAUAUUGAAACGUAAGUCAUUGAGUGAGUAACUUAGAACCGUAAGCAAUGUGGCACAAUCUGGUUGUGCCCUCUAGUCGCGAGUACUUACUGAAAGCGUCGGGGGUAUGCUUGAAAGUAUAUCUUUUCUUUGUAUUUCUUAAUUUUUUUUGUGUAAAUAUGUUAAUAAAUAUCAACUUGCAUGAAUGCAAUAUUGAAAUGAUAAAAAAAUUGCUACAACUGAUUGAUGGCAAAUCACACACACACACGCAUAUUAUUUAAUCGAUAGUCUAAAAAGUAAAGAUGAGAUGAAAAACAUAAACAAUAUUAUUAAAAGCAAAUGAUUUUUAAGAAAUCAAUACAAAAAACAACAAAAAAAAGUUAAAUUUAAUUUGAGAAAAGAUUUAAAAAUACAUUUUUAAAGAAGUAAGAAAGAAUGUUUUACUUUUCUUGCGAAUCAAAUAAGAAAGAUAAAAAAGAAAUUCUCCAGGUUUGAGUGAAGUCCGCCCCCGCCUCAAAGAAAAUGAGAAUAAAAUAUUUGCUCCACUGACUCCUCUCAAUCAAUUUUUAAGAAAACUUUUGGAGGCUUUCUGAUGAUAAAGCUCACAUAGAAACAUUUUUUUAUAUCUUGAAAGAGGAGCUUUAGUAAGAAACAAUCGGAGGAACGGACUGAUGUUCUCAAAGAAUUACGAAAAUAAAAAGGAAAAAAGAAAUCCUAUAUUAUUUUAAAAAGUGAGAUAUUAAGGAUUCAGAAAACAAAAAUAACAUAUAUUUUUAAAAGCCAAUUAAAGCAACAAGUAAUGAGAAAACAAGUUGUAUUUAAGGUGUUUCAUAAGAGAAUGUGAUGUUGAAAUUUUGUCAAGAAGCUUUUGUUUGCUAACUAGGUGAACUUUCGCAAUGAGCUUUUUCAGUUUUCCUUUGAAUGAAAAUUCUAGAACGCAAUGUUCGCAAUUUAGGCUCAUCUAAGAUUGACAAUUUCACAUAAAGUAAUUUAGCGUUAGUUUUGAACUACACAUCACAUGUCAAUUUAUCAUUCGAUGUGUAUUUUGAAUUUCUCGCUUUAGCUCACAUUCAUACAUAUGGAACAGAAAACUUAAGUAAGACAUGAAAACUUACCAUUUUACUAUUGACAUUGAGAUAUUUUUAUUAGUAAAUGAAAAGCAAGAAAAAACACACAUUUUUCGUUGUGGUUGGAAAAUUACUUUUGUGUAUGGAUAGUGGAAUGGUAUGGUGAAAAAGUAGGAAGACCCAACAUGUUUCUAUAUCGUGAAGAAAAUUCCAAGAAUUUCCUUUUUUUGUAUAUAAAAUUGCCGUUUUUUUGUUAUGAUUUUUAAUCUUUUCUUGUUUUCUUCUCUUUUUCCACUUAGUUCAAUUUCGUUUGAUUUGAUUUUUUUAAAACUUUAUCAAGAUUUUUCAUGACAACUGAUAUUAGAAGAUGUUUUGUAAAUUCUCACUGGAGAACAUGUUACGACUCAAACAACUCACAAAUGCUUUUUUUUAGUUUCAAGAGACAAUUUUCUGUUUUCUUUUUGUUAUCAAAGUUUAUCUUUUAUGAUUUUCAAAUCACUCACGUCCCUCAUGUUUUACAUAUGAAACGACACCCUCUUAAGAAAAGAUCGCGUUGUAUAUUUUUAUAGAAUCAAAUAAUAAUGAUAAAGUAAAACAAACAAAACAAUUCAAUCUUUCUACUUUUUCAAGGACAAGAAUGUUUUGAAAAUGGAAAGCAAUGUUUAUUGUAAUGAAAACAAAAAACACAAAAAUGGGGAAAAAAAGAUACGGGAAAAUGUUUUAUGAGUUUUGAAACUGGAAGAAAAACUGAAUCCACAACAUACAGCAAGAAGAGAAAAUGGAAAAUGUAUUUAUUAUAUCGUAUAUAUUAUUAUUAUAAUGAAAAUUAAAAGAAAUUGCCGUAAAUUAUGACAAACAAAAAAAAUCAUAAAUAAAAAAAUGAAAGAAAAAUGAUUUUGAAGCAAAUGAAAA